AUGGGCACACAGCCUGAGACCCAGGGCAGCUCUGGCAGCCCCACUGGCAACUUCCGCAAGGUCUCCAAGCCGUUGAUGGAGAAGAAGCGAAGAGCACGCAUUAAUGUGUCACUGGAGCAGCUCAAAUCAUUGCUAGAGAAACACUACUCGCACCAGAUUCGGAAACGCAAGUUGGAGAAGGCGGACAUACUGGAGCUGAGUGUCAAGUACAUGAAAAGCCUUCAGAACUCGGUGCAAGGGCUCUGGCCGGUCCCCAGCGGAGCUGAGUACCCGUCCGGCUUCCGCGGCUGUCUGCCCGGCGUUAGCCAGCUUCUGCGGCGCGGAGAGGAGGGCGGCGCCGGCCUGCACGGCCCGCUGGUGCACGAGCGCGGGGGCGGCAGCACCAUGGACAGCGCCAGUCCCGGCCGCGAGGCGCCCGCGCGGCGCGGCCCCUGCGCGCCCCCAGUUUGGGCCCCUGCUCCGGCCCCCGGCGGAUCGCGGUCCCCGCCACCCCGGCGCCUGCUCUCUGGCGGUCUCCCCGGCGCCUCCACCAGCAUCCCGGCGCCGCAAUCGACUUCUCGCCGCUUCGCGGAGAGCCCGGGGCCGGGGCUGCGCUUGUGGCGACCCUGGUGA